ACUGAAAUGGAGUCAAAGGCGCUGAGACAGACUUGGGAUUAUCAGUAACUGAUCUGAAGUGGAGUUUCUUAAACAUGGAGUAGUGUGGGAGUCUACACAAACAUACACGCGCACACACACACAUUUGGUUUUCUGUCGUGAGCCGUCUUGGCAGUGGACAGCUGUCAGUAUGCAGGAGUCUCCAGGUGCCAUGGGUGUAGAUGGCAACUACGCCAGCAAUGUUCCAGCCUUUCUCACUAAGCUGUGGACUCUUGUGGAGGAUCCAGAUACCAACCAUCUGAUCUGCUGGAGCGCUACUGGGACUAGUUUCCAUGUGUUUGACCAGGGACGCUUUGCCAAGGAAGUUCUGCCAAAGUAUUUUAAACACAAUAAUAUGGCAAGCUUCGUUCGACAGCUCAACAUGUAUGGUUUCCGCAAGGUGGUGAACAUUGAGCAGAGCGGUCUGGUGAAGCCUGAGAGAGAUGACACAGAGUUCCAACAUCUGUACUUCCUCCAGGGGCAUGAACACAUGCUGGAACACAUCAAGAGAAAGGUAUCCAUUGUGAAGAGUGAGGAGACCAAAGUUCGUCAGGAGGACCUCAGUAAACUGUUGUAUGAAGUUCAGCUUCUCAGAACACAACAGGACAACAUGGAGUGCCAGAUGCAGGACAUGAAACAGCAAAAUGAAGUGCUGUGGCGAGAGGUGGUGUCACUGAGACAGAACCACACACAGCAACAGAAAGUCAUGAACAAGCUGAUUCAGUUUCUGUUCAGCCAGAUGCAGUCCAACACACCCAGCACUGUAGGCCUAAAGAGAAAGCUGCCCCUAAUGCUGGACGAUGGCUCUCCCAGCCCUCCUGCUUCUAAGUUCAGCCAUAGUCACACAAUGGAACCCAUGCAUGAGCCCUUCUACAUCCAGUCACCAUCCAGUGAUGCUCCUUCUUGCUCUACGAGUGGGCUGACAGGAGGACCAAUCAUAUCAGAUGUUACUGACAUGUCUCAGGCCAACAUAGCCCUCCAGAUGCAUCCUGAUGAGACCAGAGAGAAGUGCAUGAUGCUUAUCAAAGAGGAGCCUGUGAGUCCAGGAGUGAGAGCAGCAGGGAAAGGAGGCAAUGUAGGGGGAGGGGAGGCCGUAGCACUGACCUCCUCUUGUGAGGUGUGCUCCUCGGAACCUCCUGUCCUCCCUGUUGCAAUGGUCCAGUCCGUUCUGGAGGGGAGGGGCUCUGUGGCCUCUGUGGUGGAGAGGAGGAGUAAGAGACCUGCCCUGGACAGAGUAGAGGUUUCAGAUGCUGUGGAGAAUGUGGAUAUGAGCCUGGAGGAGCUUCAGCAGCUGCUGCUCAGGAGCCAUCAGCAGAGUACUGUGGAAGCUGGGGCCACCACUGUGAUGGAUCCCUUCAGUCUAAGCCUGCCUCUGACUGAGUGGAACUUCACAGAAAUGGAGUCCAACCUCAAAUCAUACAUGUUCCAGAAUGAGGAGGCGGAGGCUUUUCCAUCUUCUGGCUGUGAGGAACAGUGAUGGAUCUGUGCUGUUGACUGUCCUUCCUGAGGUGGAAGGCCACAGAAGCUGCUCUCCCCUCUCAUUAUUCCACUAUGCAUGGGUUUGAUCCAUCGGCCCUGCCAGGCUGUAUUUUACACGUGACUUUAUUUUCUUUCUUUACAUUCACAUAUCUACAAAAUGCAGCAACAAAAAAAGCCUGUCUGCUUGUAUUUCCUGAUCGAGUGACUGCCACUGAAUCUAUGAGCUACCAGCUCUGUGGGCUUGACCACAGCCUGUAUGAGGAACAAUGCUGGUUGAAGUUUCUCAUAGCUGCCCAAACAAACAAAUGUGUUACGGCAUAAUUAUAUCUUAACUCUAGUAUUAAGCCAGCUGGAUGCAGACAGCAGAUGCAUUCUUGGCUCCAGCACUUUAGUCUUUGUGUGAGGGGGAGUUCCUGCUUGUGGAAGUGACUUUUUCUUCCUUCUGUAUAAAGAAACUAUUACACAUGUUCAAAUUAAUAUUUUUAUUAUUUAA